UUAACAUCAAGAUGUUGAUGUGCGAAAUGAGCAGUCAAAAAAGAAAUGAAAGCUUGAGUUUAGUCAAUGAUAGCGACUUUAUCUACCAAGAAAUACCAGGAGUUCUUGAUUACAGAGACAAGAAAUGUGGAAGUCUACCAUGUAACCAAAAUUCCAAAUGUGUGCGAAGAACCUCCAGUCAAUAUAUCUGUAUCGCCAUAGAAGAACCUAAAAGCUGCAUGGAUAUUUUGAGACGGUUCCCUGAUAGAAAAGGACAAGAUGACAUAUACACUAUAGUCGCUGGUGCUGAGAAGAAAUCUGUGUUAUGUGACAUGAGUACGGAUCAGGGAGGGUGGACGGUCAUUCACCGACGACAAAAUAUGUCUAUUGAUUUUUUCCGGAAGUGGAAUGAGUACAGAGUGGGAUUUGGUGUGGCCUCCUCCAACUACUGGAUAGGUAAUGAUGCAAUCAAUGCUUUGACAACGCAUAAAGACCAGGAACUUCGGGUUGACCUUGAGAGUUUUGAAGGUGACAAAGCUUACGCCCUUUAUUCCACGUUUUAUGUCGAGGAUGUUAACAGCAAUUACAGAUUGCACGUGUCGGGGUUUUCAGGGACGGCAGGUGACAGCUUGGCUCCUCACAAUGGUAUGGAAUUUUCUACUUACGAUAAUGAUAAUGACAACAGAACGAAUGAAAACUGUGCACUUUCAUGGAUGGGGGCCUGGUGGUACAAUGGCUGCCAUCUCUCCAACCUGAACGGGAUGUACGUAACAGCUCCUGUAGACUAUGCCGGAUACAUGUCGUGGUAUUCAUGGAAACAGAAAUACGUAGCUUUAAAGCGGGCGUUGAUGAUGAUCAGAGCUAAAGUUUGAACUAAACGUCAAACUCUCUCAGUGAUACAGUCUAACUAUGAAUGUCUCGAUCAUCUAAAAUCAUCUAUAUGUCGUAUUUAGCGGUUUGUACCUCUAUAUUCCGCAUUAAGCGGUGUGUACCUCUAUAUGCCGUAUUAAGUAGUGUGUUCCUCUACAUUCCACAAUAAGCGGUUUGUAUCUCUAUAUGCUGUAAUAAGCAGAUUGUACCUCUGUAUGUCGUAUUAAGCUUUAUGUACCUCUAAAUUCCGUAUUGAACGGCAUUCGAUGUUGAAAACUAAACAAGAGUUGUCUAAAAGAUGUAGAAUAGUGAUUCCUGCUCUAUUGGAAUCAAGAAGAUACUGGUCUAGGUUAUUUGUCAGUUUUACUGCAUUUUUAUAAAAGUAAACGUCGAUGUUGGA